GAAACCGCGGCCUAGCGGGGCCCGCCAUGUCCUUUAAGCGCGACGAGAGCGACCCGGGACCGCUCGGGGCGCUGCAGAGGCGCCGCGUGGCCGAGCUGCUGGCCAGCGCCAUCCCCGAGGACGAGGCGCUGCUGCUGCGCGAUGGCAGGCUGGCGUGCUCGCUGUGUCCCCAGCGCCCCGUGUGUGACACUCUGCAGACGCUGCUGCUGCACCGCGCGGGCAGGAAGCACCUGGACAACCUGCUCCGUUCCUUCGGGCGGCCCCGCUGGCCCCAGGAGACCCCGCAGGGACCCCAGGUGACCCCGCAGGAGGCCCCGGGCGGGGCCCCAGGUGCGCAGGCCCCGCUGCUGGCCCGGACGCGCCGCCUGGCCCGGAGCGCUCUGCUGAGAACGGCCCCGUACAACAGCUGCUGCAGGAGAGACAGGACGAAGGGCAGCAGCUCCCGGGCCGGGAUCCCCGGGAUGAUCCCAAAGAAUUCCCAGACGCGGCCGGAUCCGUCCCGGAGCCCCGGGAAUUGCAGGAGCUCCGGGAAUGCCGGGAAUGCCGAGACGCCCGGCCCCGCGCGCACAGAGGGCGCUCCCAAGGCCGGGAAGCAGCGGGGCAGGAAAGGGAAUUCCCAAAAUCCCGAGGGGCCGAGCGCGGAGCGGCUGCGGAUCCUGCGGCACCACCUGCACCUGCGCAGCCGGGGCUGGCUCCAGGAUCCCGCUGGGAAUUGGGUGAAGGACGGGAACGCCGAGUUCGACUCCGACGAGGAGGAGCCGCCGCCACUGCCACCAGCCUGACGUCCCCAAGUGUCCCCAAGCGUCCCCAGGUGUC